GUAAUAACUAGCUAGUACGGUAGCUAUAGCUAUAGCUAGGUUCAACUCCCGGUUGAACCGCCAGCCGAUAAAACCAAGCGCAACUUAUCGAUAAGAAAGAUUCUCCACACCAAGCUCUCCUCUCCUCUCCCAUCCAUCCAUCACCUCACAACUUACCUCCAUACCACCUCCUCAACACACACCUAAACCACACCCCAAUUUCAAUCCCCACCAUUGAAAAUGGUCAAACCCCUAACCUUCAAAGGCGACAAGCCCAAGAAACGCAAACACACAUCCACCACCACCUCCACCGAUGGCUCCCACCCAUCCAAAAAACAAUCCACAUCCACCAGCCUCACAACCCAACAAGAAGACCCCUCUGCCACCGAACACCACGACGAAAACACCCUCUCAGACCAAUCCUGGGUAUCCGCCGACACGAGCAGCGACAUCUCGGGCCCGAUCCUCCUCAUCCUGCGCACCACACCACCCACGUGCCUCGCGACCGACGCGCACGGCACCGUCUUCGCCUCUCCACUCGAGAACAUGAUCGAGGGGGAUCCCCGGACCGCAGAACCGCAUGAUGUGCGACAGGUUUGGAUUGCGAGUAAGAUUGCGGGCAUUGAGGGGUGGAGUUUGAAGGGGUCGAAUGGGCGGUACCUGACCAGCGACAAACAUGGCAUCAUGUCCGCCAAUGCAUCAGCCAUCUCGCAGCACGAGAUAUAUACGAUUAAUGAGAGUGGGGUUGGGGGUGGAGGGUUCUUUAAGAAGAAGAAGAAGGUGAAUAAGCAGACGUAUAUUGUUGCGCGGACUGUUGCGUCGAAGACGACCGCUUCUGGGACGAAGGUGGAGGUUCGUGGGGAUGAGACUAAUCUCGAUGAUGGGGAGGAGGGUGAAGGGGGGACGAAUAUCCGGGUGCGCAUGCAGGCGCGCUUCAAACCGCGCAUUCAAGCGAGUAAGGAGAUCAAGGCGCGGGAGAAGAUUGGGAGGAAGGAGUUGGAGGGUAUUGUGGGGAGACGGUUGGAUGAUGAUGAAGUGAAGAGAUUAAGGAAGGCUAGGAAGGAGGGUGAUUUUCAUGAGGUCGUGUUGGAUGUUAGAGUCCGGGGGAAACAUGAUAAGUUUGCUUGAUGUUUUUCUUUUUCUAUAGAUGGUUGGUUGGGUUUUGUCAUGUACAGUCUAUUCUAUCAUGAGUGUUAUGUAAGUCUAGGGUUGUGGAAUGUCUAUCUAAUGAGGUUGUAGCCAUGGGUCUUCCGGUGGGAAUCUGAACCAGCUGCUUGGGAGC